AUGUUUUCCAGGCCGCUGAGGCAAGGGGACGACACGGGGGUGGACGCCGUCUGCACCUACAGGAAGGAGCCCUCCUCCCCGCCCUUGGACAGGGUGGGCCUUUACCACGAAGUUACAACGAACAGCCAGUCCUGCCGCCACCCACCGACGACAGCUGCAGCCCCUCGAGCGUUCUCACCAUCACACUUCACCAUCACCAAUCUCCCCUACGCUUCCGACCUGGCGACUCCCGACUCGGCAAAGUUCAACACGACAAAGGGAGUCAUGACCACCAUGCUCGACCGCCUUCUGAAGGAAAGCAGCAUCGGCCCCGCUUUCCUUGGAUGUGAAGCGACAGCCUUCAGGCCGCUGAGGCAAGGGGACGACACGGGGGUGGACGCCGUCUGCACCUACAGGAAGGAGCCCUCCUCCCCGCCCUUGGACAGGGUGGGCCUUUACCACGAAGUGAGCAACAAGACCAGAGGCAUCACGCAGCUGGGCCCCUACAGCCUGGACAAGGACAGCCUCUACGUCAACGGUUACAACGAACAGCCAGUCCUGCCCGCUCCCAGCCACCCACCGACGACAGCUGCAGCCCUCGAGCGUUUCACCAUCAACUUCACCAUCACCAAUCUCCCCUACGCUUCCGACCUGGCGACUCCCGACUCGGCAAAGUUCAACACGACAAAGGGAGUCAUGACCACCAUGCUCGACCGCCUUCUGAAGGAAAGCAGCAUCGGCCCCGCUUUCCUUGGAUGUGAAGCGACAGCCUUCAGGCCGCUGAGGCAAGGGGACGACACGGGGGUGGACGCCGUCUGCACCUACAGGAAGGAGCCCUCCUCCCCGCCCUUGGACAGGGUGGGCCUUUACCACGAAGUGAGCAACAAGACCAGAGGCAUCACGCAGCUGGGCCCCUACAGCCUGGACAAGGACAGCCUCUACGUCAACGGUUACAACGAACAGCCAGUCCUGCCCGCUCCCAGCCACCCACCGACGACAGCUGCAGCCCUCGAGCGUUUCACCAUCAACUUCACCAUCACCAAUCUCCCCUACGCUUCCGACCUGGCGACUCCCGACUCGGCAAAGUUCAACACGACAAAGGGAGUCAUGACCACCAUGCUCGACCGCCUUCUGAAGGAAAGCAGCAUCGGCCCCGCUUUCCUUGGAUGUGAAGCGACAGCCUUCAGACUACGGAGGCAGGACUUUCUGCCUGCCACCCUCCUGCACUAG